AUGGAAAAUUUCCAUUUGAAAUUCUUCGCUGAUAAUCCAAAAAGUCCCAAAAAAUUGGGUGAUUUGGAAAUUCCAACUGAAUUUUGUUAUCACAUAAUUACAAAUCAGGUACAGUAAUCUAAAUUAUUUUCUCAUUUUACAUACUUUAUAAUUUUUCAAUUCAAAAUAUUUUAGAAAAUUCUUUUUUUUUUGCAGAUUGAUUUCUAUGAAGUUAACAAAGAAAAAUUGGAUGUUCUACUGUCUCAUUCGCCAUUUCAAAAAGAUUCAGCUAUCAGAAAAACCUCCAAAUUCUCAAAAAAUGUGAUUGAAAUUGGUCCCCGUGUAGCUGUUAAAACUGCGAUGUGUUCAAAUAUUUUGAGCGCUUUUGAAACUGCUGGAAUCAAAAAUAUAAGUCGAAUUGAGAGAAGUAUCAGAUAUGAGACAACGAAAAAUGAUUUAUUUGAAUUAUUGGCUGAUAAAAUGACGGAACAAAUUUAUGAUGAGAAUGUGAAUUUUGAGAAUAAUUAUAAAGAAAUUGAAAACUUCUAUGAAAUCGAUAUACUUUCUGAUAAAUCGGCUCUCGAAAAAGCAAAUUUAGAAUUGGGACUCGCUUUGGAUAAUUCAGAUAUUGAAUUCUAUUAUGAUUAUUUUGCCAAUAAACUUGGGAGAAAUCCGACAGAUGUGGAAUUAUUUGAUUUGGCACAAUCAGAUUCUGAACAUUCAAGACAUUGGUUUUUUCGAGGAAAUUUGAAAAUCGAUGGGAAAUUGGUUGAAGGCGGAAGUUUGAUGUCUAAGAUUCGAAAAACAUUGGACACAUCCAAUAAAAAUAGUUUGAUAGCAUUUCAUGAUAAUUCAAGUUCGAUCAAAGGAUUCGAAAAUGUUUCGAGGUUCGCAAAAACUUUUAUAUCAACAUUCACACAAUAAUGUUUUCAGACUUCGCCCAAAUAAUCCAACUACAGCUUCUUCCUUUGAUAUUCACAAUUCACCUUCAAAUCUAAUUUAUUCUGCUGAAACUCACAAUUUCCCCACGGGAGUUUGCCCAUUUCAAGGUGCAACAACUGGAACUGGUGGAAGAAUUAGAGAUAUUCAUUCAACUGGUCGAGGAGCAUAUGAAAUUGCAGCAAGUGUUGGAUAUAGUUUUGGAAAUUUGAAUAUUCCUGGUUGGCUGAUGGAAUGGGAAGAUGAAAUUGAGAAACGAGAGAGUUAUCCGAAAUCAUUGAGUGAACCAUUGAAGGUAUUCAUUUUCUCUAAUCCAGACAAAUUCUUUUCUAAUUUUUGGAAAAAUUUUAGAUAGCAAUUGAAGCAUCAAAUGGUGCAUCUGAUUAUGGAAAUAAGUUUGGUGAACCAGUAAUUUGUGGAUUCGCAAGAUCAUUUGGUCAAAGAAUUGGUGGAGAAAGAAUCGAAUAUGUUAAACCAAUAAUGUUUAGUGGAGGAAUUGGAUCAAUUGAUGAUGAUGAAAUUGAAAAAAAGAAAUGUGAACCUGGAAUGAUUGUUGCGAAAAUAGGUGGACCUGUUUAUAGAAUUGGAGUUGGUGGCGGAGCUGCGAGUUCAGUUGAUAUUCAAGGAAAACGAGAGGAUUUUUUGGAUUUUGCUGCUGUUCAACGGGGAGAUGCCGAAAUGGAACAGAAAAUGCAUAGGAUUGUGAGAGGAUGUGCUGAGAGAAAUGAGGGAAAUCCAUUGUUGAGUAUUCAUGAUCAAGGAGCUGGUGGAAAUGGUAAUUUACAUUUUUGAUAUGGAAACUUUUCAUAACUAAAAAAAUUUUACCUCAAAAUUGAUUCUUGAAAAAUUUCUAAUUUUCAAAACAAAGCUAAUUUUAGUGGUUUAGAAAAAAAACUAAAAUUAAAUAUUCAAAUUCUUGAGCAAAUUUGGAAUGUGCCAUUUCAGCCAGUUCCACAUUUUUUCAUUUCUAGCCCAAUAAGAUAGUUUUGACCAAUUCAAAUUGAAAUUUUGGGAAAAAACAAGAAACUCAAGAUUAGAUCUCAAAACUCAUUUCCAACUGGUUAGAUGUUUUCAAUUUUCAGGAAAUGUUAUCAAAGAACUUGUCGAAGGUUGUGGUGUAAUUGUUGAUAGUUCUGAAUUCAUCCUCGGAGAUUCAAGUAUUUCACUUCGAGAACUUUGGACUGCCGAAUAUCAGGAAAAUGAUGCCGCUUUAAUUGAUCCACAACUUAUUGAUAUUGUUCAAAAAAUUGCAAAACGUGAAAAAUGCCAUAUUUCUCUUGUUGGAAAAGUUAUUGAAGAUCAAAUAAUUCAAUUGAAAGGUCCACAAGGAAAUGCAGUGAAUUUGGAUACAAAACAAUUGGGAGAAAGAGAGAAAAAGGUUUGAAUGAAUUGACUGAUGUCAAAAGUAUAUAGAUUUUUGUAGACUUUCGAACUUGAAACUCGUGCCAAAAAAUUGGUGCCACUGGAAAUCCCAAAAAAUCUGAAAUUAUUAGAUGCAUUGAAUCGUGUUCUUCGACUUCCUUCAGUUGCAUCAAAACGAUAUUUGACUUGUAAAGUUGAUCGAAGUGUGACUGGUUUGAUUGCUCAACAACAAUGUGUUGGGCCUUUGCAUACUCCGCUGGCUGAUGUUGGAAUUGUUGCAUUGUCACAUUUUGAAAAGGUGAGGGAUUUUUGA